CUCGUUUUGGUGAUCAUUAGUGGAAGAUUUCAGCGAAAAUUCCACACAGCCCACCUUUUGCCAGUGGCUUUCGCCUGACUUUCACAUCUGCUGGUGCCCACACAAAGCCACAGCAAACACCGCCACCACCCUCCUCCGCAACAACCAGCCACCACAGCAGCCGCCAUCAUGGUCGUCCCUGCCAUGCUCUCCUCCACUCGCGUCGUGGGCCUGCAGAUGCCCAACAACGCACGUACCAUGGCCACCCUCAAACAGAUCUCCAUGCGUCUGAAGUCUGUGUCGAACAUCCAGAAGAUCACCCAGUCAAUGAAGAUGGUGUCUUCCGCCAAGUUCAAGCGCGCAGAGGAUGCUCUCAAGCGUGCCCGUCCCAUCGGCGCCGCAGCACAGGCCCUCAACUCCAAGGGUGGCAUUACCGCCGACGAGGCCCCUGCCAAGCGCACGAUUGUUGCCGUGUCCUCGGACCGUGGUCUGUGCGGUGGUAUCCACUCUGGUCUGUCCAAGUCCAUUCGCGCUGCCAUCAGCGAGUUCCCCGACACUGCCGACUACCAAAUCACCACCGUUGGCGACAAGCCCCGUGGCAUCCUCAUGAGGACACUGCGUGACAAGAUCACGCUGUCUGCCAACGAGGUUGGCCGUCUGCCACCCACAUUUGGCGACGCCUCGUUCUUCGCACAGGAGCUCCUCGCCAGCGGCUACGACGCAGACACCGUCGACAUCUACUACAACCAGUUCAAGUCUGCUGUGUCCUACGCCGUGUCCACCGCCCAGGUCCCCAGUGUGUCCUCGAUGGAGGGCAAGCCCGAGCUUGAUGUGUACGAUGAUGUUGACAGCGAAACCCUUCGCAGCUACCAGGAGUUUUCGCUUGCCUCGAACCUGUUUUAUGCGCUCGUUGAGGCGCAGGCCGCAGAGCAGUCUUCCCGUAUGACCGCCAUGGAGAACGCCUCCAAGAACGCUGGCGAGAUGAUUGAGAAGCUGCAGCUGACGUUCAACCGCACGCGCCAGGCCGUCAUCACCCGCGAGCUUAUCGAGAUUAUCUCUGGUGCUGCUGCCCUCGACUAAGCCUGCCCGACCACACAAACAACCCCGUCAUCGCCGUCGCCAUCGCCAUCGCCAUCACAUCUGGUUGCAGCUGCACUUUGCCAAGCUGUGCUGUUGUUAGUGGUGGUGUGGUGGUGUUUACCCUUUCUUUCCAUUUUCUUUUCUCUCGGCUCUUCGUUUCCCGCCUGCCUGGUUGUACGCACCCACACCAGCAGGCUGUAUGUCGUGUGUAAUUUCCGAAUUGAGGCGUGGCUGUUGCGGCUCUUGGUAUUGAUGUGAUGUGACGUGCGGCGUACGUGAAGGUCGCGUCGUCACUGUCGUCACUGUCGUCAUUAUAGUUCUUGUUCGUGUUGUUGUGUGUGUGUAUGUGUCUUUGUGUCUGUUGGACCAUGUAGUAAUUCCAUUGUUUCUCUGUUUGUUCCUGUAAAGCGAGUGCACCAAGCCGCGGUCACGCAGCAGCUAAAGUGAACGACAAAGCGAGAGAGGGGCAAACACACGCGCGCGAGAGAGAGAGAGAGAGAUGGAGAGAUGGAGGGC